AUGGUGAUUGCUGGCGACUCGUGGCCAUUGCCAAGGCCCGCUGCCUCUGCGUCAGAGGCGAGCGGAAGGUCACCGCCGGUGUCUGCCUCGGGGAGUGUUGCAAUGAAGCCGCCAGUCCCCCCUGCCCCGGAACUAGCCCCCUUGGCCGCUGGUUGCCCUGCGCCUCUGGCUCCGGGCCUCGUGUCGUGUGAGGCGCAGGCUGCUCCUGACCCUCCUGCACUCUCUGCUCCUGCUGUUGCGCCGCCUGUCCCUGUGAACCCUGCGGCACGGACUGCCGCUGCUGAUCCUGCUCCACCAGAUGCCCCCGUUCUUGACGCCCCGAUUGUCGCCGCUGCCCCUGCUGGCGCCGUGGCGUCGCAACCGGUGGUGUCCGCCACCACUGACGGCCCGGGCCAGGUAGCGGUCUCUGUUGCUCCCGCCCCUCCGACUGUGCCACCGCCCGUGCAGACCCCGGAUGUCCAGGCGGGGUAUGAUCGGCCGGUGUCGAUGGCCGAUCUGCAGCGAGCUGUUUCUGCUGCUGUGCGCGAGGAGCGAAACGGGCAGGCGAGCCAGAGCAAUUCGCCUCGCGUCGCUCCAACGCAUGCGUCCCUUCCUCCAGCUGCGCCCUAUGCGCCGGCGCCUUCUCUUCUCCAAUCGGCCGUUCCUCCUCCUCAUGCUCCCUCUGCAUCUGCUGCUGCUCUUGGGAACCGUAUGCGCCUGCCGUGGGUUCCUCCUGUGGCGGGUAUGGAGUUUGUGACCGCGGCAGGGGGACCUGUGACGGGUCAGUAUCCAUCUCUGCUGCCCGUCACUCCUGCUCAGCCGGCUGCUGCGCUACCUCAGCAGUCGCUGAUGGGGCCCUCUCCUUCCGCUGUGGUGCCGGAGGCGUCUCUGGGGCAGCUGUGGCGCCUCUCUGAGGGCCUGCGGGCUGUUCACCUGAUUCAGGUGUAUGGUCACGCGGCUCUCGCCCAGGGUGUUCCUCUGGAGAGUGGCCAUCGGGACGAGUGCCUAGAUGCCGCUGAUCGGCUGGGCGAGCUCCUGGCGCCCAUGUUGGCUGCGCCCGCGCGGGGUGGAGUUGCGGGCGUUGGACAGCUUGGGACGGCAGUCCGUGGUCUGCGCCGGUUUUUGCGCGCAGGGACUGCAGUCGACUUGAUCGGCGCAACCACAGUGGUGGUGCACGAGCUUCAUCGCUCUCUGACGGGUCUUCUCGCUGUUCUUGACGCGGAUCAGAUGUAG